GUCCCCAAGCUGCUCCUGCCUCAUGGCACCAAUGGCGGUGGCCCUCAUCCUGGGUUGGUGGCUGGUGGCAGCGAGCAGGGCACAGCAACUGCCCGGACCCUCCCUGUCACUGCACCCCAGCCAGGGGGUGUCCCUGGGGGACACUGUCACCCUGUGCUGCCACCUACCCCAGCCAGCUGCCAGGGUCGAGCUGUACCAGGAAGAAAAGUUGAGAUCCAGCAAGGAAAUGGACCAGGAGCAUGACGUGGCUGAGUUCUCCUUGGCUGGAAUUAAGCAGGAAGAUGCAGUGGGAUAUCAGUGCCAGUACCAGGGGUUGGAGCCUGUAGGGACAUCGGAGAAGAGUGACCCCGUGGAGCUGUUGGUGACAGAUCACAGGUAUCCCCCACCUGGCAUUUCCCUGGGACCCAGAGAAUAUGUGGAGAUGGAGACCAACAUCACCAUCCAGUGCUGGAACCAGGAAUACGGGGGCACCAUCUUCCUGCACAAGGACGGGCACUCAGCCCCUAUCCAGCACCAGGAACCCGAUGGUGGGGGCACUGCCACCUUCAUCCUCUUUGGGGUGACCCCAGCUGACUCGGGCACAUAUAGGUGCUCCUACCACGUAGGGGGCUCCUACCUUCUGUCCUCACCCCUUGGGGAUAAUGUGACCCUGGAAGUGAUUCCUAGACCUGCACCCCCAGGUGUCAAUGGGGGACCCAGCAGGAACCUGGUGGCAGCAGUGGCGGGGGGCUGUGCUGCUGCCAUUGUCAUCAUCAUCGUCCUCACUGUCUCUUUCCUCCUUGUUGCUCAGAGAAGACGAAUGCAGAGAGAUGAGAGUCCUGGUGCCACCUCCAGAAGCCCUGAGGCCGUGCAGUUCCAGGUGUCCCCCGGUGACAGCGAGGGUCUGACCUACGCCCAGCUGCAAGCUGUGACCCCCAGCACCCACCCCCGUGGAACUUCUACCACCCCUGAACCCCCCAUUAUCUACGCCGAGGUGGGCACGCGGGGACCCCGCUGAUGCCCCCAGAUGUGUACGCAAACACGGGUGUGUUGUGCACACAUGGACUUCAAGGGUGCACAGUGCCAGUGUGCUCGGUGUGCUCACCAUCACGUGUGAAUUACAGCCAUGUAGCUGUGCGUGUGAACACGUGGAUGUGUAUUAAAUGGGUGUGCACCAUCCCAUGUGCACAACAGGUGUACAAACACACGUGUGGGACACGCUGAA